AUGAGCUCGCAGCGCUAUACCCCGGUGAACGGCCAUGAUGAGUACGAAAACACACAAUCCUAUCCGUUAAAUCCGACUCGGUCCAAUCUCACUCCAACUUCUCCUCCACCCUCUUUCCAUUCCCGGUCUCGGUCCCCUUCGCCGUCUUCAAGACUAUUGCACGGCGACCACGGGCGCGAUGAAGAACAAACAUUAGCCGAUGCGUUUGGGAGCGAGGACGAAUCCGAGGAUGAAUGUGACGCUCGUCAAGGGCUGAUGCGUGCUAAUCCGGAUCCCUAUGCGUCCUCGGAAAACGGCCAGACCGCCACUGCCGCAGCAUCAUCGUCGGAAUCUAGAACCAAUAGCCAAAGUCAAACGCCGACAUCUGCGAUGUCCCGACGGCCAACCAUUCUUCCUAGCUUCACUACUCCGACGUCCGGUAACAGUCGAUCGAUUGCCCCUUCUAAUGAUGGUGUCUUUGCCAACCUGGCAGCCAAACCGGAGCGGGGCGAAAAGAACGAGGAUCUGCCUCCUUCAUACGAAGAAGCAGCCGCGGACGCAACUCCCCCAUACUGGGAGACUACAAUCGUGGCACCCGGCCUGUCUUCCGAUGAAGUCUACGUCGAUGGUCUCCCUGUGGGAUCUAUCUUUUCAUUUAUCUGGAACGCAAUGAUUUCCAUGUCGUUCCAGCUAGUCGGUUUCCUACUGACUUACCUUCUCCACACCACACACGCCGCAAAGAAUGGCAGCCGAGCCGGUCUCGGCCUCACCCUGGUGCAAUACGGUUUUUACAUGAAGGGUGGUAGCGAGUCUUCUGGCUCAGAUGGAGGCGGGGGCUCUGAUUCAUACGUGCCUCCGCCAGACCCCAAUAGCCAUAAUUUCGACCCCAACACAGUGGGCGAUAACGGUGGGGGCGAUGGUGGUGCAAUGUCAGGCAUUAGCACCAGUGAAUGGAUUUCAUACAUCUUGAUGAUUGUUGGCUGGUUUAUUCUCAUUCGGGCUGUCAGCGAUUACUUGCGAGCUCGUCGUCACGAACAGCUGGUGCUACAAAGCCCAGAUCGUGGACUUGGUGUACCUAUCAUCGCGGAGGGAGAACGGUCGGAAACCGUUGUCUAA